AUGCUAUCCUACGGAACAUUACGAGCGUGCAUCAGGGUCGAUGGACAACCUUUGGAGAGCUAUGGAAUUGAGACCUUUCCAGAAGAAAACAAAGUGACCUGUUGGAUCUCUUCGGAAGCAGGAAAGACGUUCUCUGUAGUAUGGCAAGAUGUCAACUAUGCACGCCAGUAUCACCAAACAGGAGAUGUGACACUCGAUGGCAUACACGGAGGGGGUCAAUUAAUGCGCGCUUUAAGCUUCAAUGAGCCACCGACGUAUCAGAGAUGUACUGCGGAAUUCAAAUACGUCAACACGUCGAUGAACUCCGUUUGUCCGCUCACCUUCUCAAAGCUUCAGUUGACGGAUGAGGAUCAACACCUGAAUUCUGCACAUGCAGAGCUCGGAGAAAUUUCUUUGGCCAUCUGGCCUGUGAAUGUGAUCGGCAUGGGUUACCGAAGAAAUCUGGUAUCUGCUAAGGGAACAAUGGUCCACGAGCGCUCAAAGAAGGCAACGAGUCACUGUGUGGGGUUUGGAGAGGAGAUCCGUGUCCCACCACAACAGGUAAUUAACGUCGCCCGCGUUGGGAUAAGCCCCACGGCUACAUUUGUUUUCAGGUACAGACCAUUUGAUCGACUCGUGGCAGAUGGUAUUGCCCCGCCACCUAUGCAAUCUUCAUGGGGAACCAAGCGUGAAGCUCCUAUAGACGUAUCAGAGCCAGAAGAUUACAACGAUGGACCAGGCUUAGAUAUAGAUGAUGAAGCUUUGCGUGAGCUUAAUGCGCUGAAAGUCAGGCCUUUUCUUGCGGUAUGGUCAUCGAAGCGCUGA